AUGUCGAAAGGCGGCAAGAAACGGGAGUCAAACCUGAAGGCGAGCCCGACCCCAGUCCAACAGGUCAUCGUCAAAGAUACUACUUCAUUUGUUCUGAGCUGUGGAGGUACAGGAGGAAUUACUGAAUCCAGAAAAAGUCGAUAUCCUCUCUGGCCGGAGUGGAAUGAAGCAGAUGUGAAUGCUGAGAAAUGGGACUUAGCCAAACCAAUUAAAGAAAAGGACAAAGCUGUAAAAAGUCCAAGUCUGCAAUUGUUUGAAGAUCCGGAGGGGAAGGUUGAACUGCCGCCAUCACUUAAAGUUUAUUCUUGGAAGCGUCCUUAUGAAUUUAUCCUAGAGAAGCUUCCUGUUAUUGUUGCGAGAGAGUCCUCAUUCGAUCUAAUGACUGCUAAUGAACAUAUUUUGAAGAGUGAGAUGAUGCGAUGGAUUAUCAGUGAAAUCAUAAUGCUAUGGCACACCUGCCAGGACACUAAGUUAAACGAUAAGAGCUUGCUGGAGGCAAUGGGAUCUCCCUGGAAACCUUGGGAGCACAUAUAUGCCCUUUGUAAGGCUUCAAAAGGACACACACCUCUUUACAACAGUUAUGGAAAGUAUGUAGUGAAGCUGUACUGGAUGGGGUGCUGGCGCAAGAUCACAGUGGAUGAUACUAUGCCCUUCAACAAAAAUGGUAAACUGCUGCUUCCAUCUUCAACCUGCCUGGGCGAGCUUUGGCCAAUGUUGCUGUCGAAAGCUCUCAUAAAGCUUGCAAGCAUUGACAGUGAUCUUUGUAGAAAAAAAGAACUGGGGGAGUUCACAGUUUUGCACGCUCUGACAGGCUGGCAUCCCGAGAUCAUCCCACUCCGAUCUGAGCAGUCUGAGAGAAUCUGGUCCUUUCUGAAGACACUUCUCCCAGAGUUCACUUUUGCAAACGAGGAACCUGUUGUGGCCAAAGUGCCUUCAACAGAAUCAAUACAAAAAAACGAGAAGGAAAAUGAAGAUAUUGUGGAAGUUGUCAGCAGCAAACCAGUUGAAAAAGUAAACAAAGAGAAAGCAGAAUCAAAAGAUGUUGGGAAGAAAAAGAAUAAGGAAGCUGAAUUCAAUAAAGAUAAAAGCAGAAUACUGAUUCAACGACCACAGUCUGCCUCUCAAAGUGUUUCACAAAUUCUUACAGAGAGUCUUCCUCCACCAGUGAUGCCACGAAUGAUGAUCUAUGCUACCUACUUCCCACUACAGCUGUCGGAAAGGAAGAUUUCUUUACUUGGGCAAAUGGCUGAUUCCUCAGAGAAGUUGCGACACUAUGGACUUUCCCAUGCGCAUAGCCACCCAGUAAUGGUUACUAGGACUAGGUCGUGUUCCCUCAUAAACCCUCCAGAAACAACACCAGUUCCACGAUGGAAGCUCAUCCGACCACGAAAUCGUGCUCUUCCAAUAGCUGAUCCAAAAGAGACCAAAGUAAAGAAACCUGAUCAAUUUAUUGAAAUCUCAAGCCCAUUGGUUAACUACAAGAUAGACACUACAAUCAUACCACCAGAGAGAACUGACCAAGUGCCCUUGAUUAAAAAAGCUGUGAACACUAGCUUGGCAGCUGUCAGUGAAAACGAUGAGACACUCGAUCAGAAUGAUGAUGAAGAACAAAAGGUUCUGGAGUCACCUUUCUUUGCGGAGGAAAUUGAUUCCACAAAAGCAAGUGGCCAGUUUUCAUCAGUGUCUCAUGGUGCUAAAAGUCAGCAAAGUAAUGUAGCAGAACACAAGGAAGAUACUAUGUUUGUUCGACCCCCACUGGAGAGUUUAAUUGAAGCAUUGAAAUCAUAUCAGAACCAGGCACUGAUCCUGACCGGAUCUGCGCACUGCAAUCUGGUGAGCUCUGUCAACCUUCACCCGGUCCACCUCGGCAUCCCAGCCAAGGAAUUGCGGCAACUUGUCUUCAAAAAGACCUGCUGGUUGCCCACCUUCUACUCUGUCCAGCAAGCUGAUGACCCAGAUCUUCUUUCUCCUGCCUCUAUUUUCCAGGUCAUCGACUUGCUCAGUUGGGCCCGAACCGAUUUCUCAAGGGCCUGGAUCCGCCCUGCCGAGUCCACAGAUGAUCGAGGACCAUACUAUCUACAUGUGGACCACAUCAAGCCAGUAGAAAUGUUGGUUACUUUCUCUGCAUUGGUACGCUGGGGUGAUAUCAGCUGUGAGAAGAACCUUAACAAAGGAAACAAUGACAAAGAUAAUGUGAAGGAAUUCUCGGGCCUUCAGUCAGGCAUGCUCAUCGCUGAGUCAUACUCUUGGAAGAGUCUUGCUUUGAACCCCCCAAUUCUAUACAUCAGAACUGUGGCUACAAAAUCAACCAUCUUGGAGCUACCUUGUGGGCGCCAUGUGAUUCGGUUUACUGCCACUUCUCCUCUCGGACACAAUAUCAACAUAAGUAGUACAGUGCCAUUUAUCUUUGGUGAUGAAGAUACGGUUUUAGCACACCUUAGCAAGGACAGCCUGCGAUUUACGCAGCAUGCUACCCGCAUUAUUAAAGCAAUUGAAAAUGCCAUAUGUAACUUCAAUGAUGAGCAAGAGCAUCGCAAAACUUCACUGGAACUUCAACAUUGUCAUUUCCCAUUCCCAUUUGACGAUGCUAACCUGGCUGAGGAGCAAACCAAGGUCUUCAACACUGCUGUUUACGCCACCGUUGCAUACGCCCUUGAUGCUUGCCCUAGUACCGAAGACUAUUUUGCUCUUAGAACACUCUUAGUUGAUAGCUCUCCAAAGCAGCUUAGGAUUGAAGAGAGAUCUUGCACAAGGUCAAAACAACACAAUUAUGUCAAAACUAUCCUGUGGGAAAUUUGGAAUUUACUGGAAUCAGACGUAGAGAAACAUGCCUCGUACUUACUUAGGUACAUGCUUAAUUCAAAUCCAAAACUGGCAAAACUGUAUCCAUUUUAUGAAGAUGAAUGGUGUAGGACAGUAUAUGCGGAUUACACAACCACAUACAAUGAUCAGCCUCCCAAUUCCUGGUUUGUGGUAUUCAGAGAGGUGUUUAAUAUCCCUCAAGACAUGCUGAUUGUGCCAAAGAUUUACUCUGCACUGACCACUUGCGUUCUUCAUGUGGUCAAUAAUGAUACAGGAGAAGAAAUACCCAGGGUUUUUCAAAAAGUAGCUCCUUAUACAUACAAAAAAAAUUCAAACGGCUAUACAUUCACAGUUGAAGCCCAGACAGGGAGUUUCCCAGUUCCCAGUGGUAAAUGGAGAUUACGUUUGAUUGGCUCCAGGCAUCCUCUUCCUGUUCUGGCAAAUGAAACUGUCAACAGCAGCUUUUCAAUAAAGGAGAUUAAGUCCUACUACAUUCCAAAUGAUAAAAACAUCAUCUUCAGAUUCCAGGUCAAUGUGUAUAUAACUCAUCAAGCUACACUCCAUGUACAAACCUCCAAAUCAGAUGUAUACAUCGAGCUACAAAUCCUAAACAGAAGUAGAGAGGUAGCCAAAGCAACUGGAAAAGGCCAUACUAUAAUCCCUUCAUUCCUGUUUGCCUCAGGUACAGAACGUCCUACUACUUACGUACCUUCACGUAAACCUUCUGAUGUUCCUAAUACUUUGGGAACUUCCAAGAAGUUGGGAACUAGUCCAAGUAACAAGACUGCAAGGAGUUCUGCUAAGGCAACAAGUGAACAAAAAUCACCCAUAUUAUUAGAUGAGAACACACUUCCUAUGGAUAUAGAACAAUCACUGACAAAAGUGGUUCACAAAUACAUUAUUCAAGCAUCAAUUCUUUACAGAAGCUGGCCACUAACUGAAAGUGAAUUAGCUUUUGCUGAAUCGCAGAAGGAUAUGGACAUCGAACUUGCAGAGAGGACUAUUGAUUCUACUUUUCCUGACACUGAAGAGAUAAAGCCGCAAACAGCCAAACAUAGCAGGAAAGGAAAGGAGAAGGAUAAAGGAGGGAAAGAGAAAAGUGCACCAUCCAAGCCAGAGAUUCCGGUGCAGCAAAUUGAUUUAACAAAACCUCACUUUACACUUCAUUAUGUCACUGAGCAUGGUGAAAGUGAUUGUUUUGACAUCAAGAAAGACACCGAACGACAAGAUGAAAUUCAGGCUAUGAAACGAGCUUGGGAAGCUGCAGAACCUGGAAGGGCUUUCAAAGCCUUACAACUCCGACUGCAUAUCAUGAAUUACAAAACAAUAGAUAAUACAUUGCUCAGUACUGCUGGGAAAGAAGGCGAAAAUAUCAGUGAGGUUCCUUCUGAAAACGAUACCAAUGAUGCAGCAACACAGGAGAUGCAAUCUGCAGAUCAGUCUCAUGUUUUAGAAGAAAGUCAAUCCACAGAUGUUGACAAACCUUUACAAGAUCGCUCCGUUGUAGAGAAGUGGACACGUUAUGUCAGGACUACACGACCUGUUCCAGUUCUCCUGGAUGAACACACUUUUGAAGAACAGGUGAAGAGUAAGGCAGAAGAAAUUCGCAAGUUCCGCCAAAGGCGAGAGAUGAUCCUCGAACAGCGAGAGAAAGAAGGGCAGGCUCGCCGUCAGCUGAAGACACAGCAACUGCAAAUGUGUGAGGCUUUGCAGGAAGCCUUGGAUGAAGCUCGAAACAACAUCUACCAACUCAGAGAGUCGUACAGAAAUAAACUAAUCGAGGAAGAAUCAAAGCAAAGAGAAAUUGCAGCAAUGGAAGCAGCUCUCCGAGCAGAGCCAGAGAAAAAGCCCGGGAGUUCCAUGAGCAAAAUACCUAAGAGCUCAGGAAAGCGAAAGUAA